AUGUUAUCACAUGUCUCCACACACUGUACUGCAUUUGCUUUGAGUGUACUAUUGUUGGUCUGUGAAGUGAAUGCAGUGUCCAGCUCAGUGCUUGUGCCGCUAGGUUUGCUUGCGAGGAUCGUCAUCCUGGUUGCGUUCAUUGCUGUCACGUGGUGCCAGCCACCGACGGAUGCUGAACGGGCACAAAUUCUCGAGGCUCAUUUGGCAGUUCGCGAAAAUGUGUAUCCUCCUGCCACCAAUAUGAUGCUAAUGGAGUACUCCUACGAGUUGGAGCACCUUGCAGACUAUUGGGCCGCUCUCUGUGAGUUCAAGCAUCCAGAUCCCAAACUGCAUCCACAUUACCGUGGUCUUGGACAAAACAUUGCCAUCAUGGGUGGCAUGACGCCUACCUUCACUGAAGCUGUUUGUGCCUACAGGAGCGAGAACAAGUACUACAACUACUUCAACAAGUCGUGCAGUGGAAUGUGUGGCCACUACACUCAGCACAAUGUGCUUUGCACGAUCACUCCCCCUUCCGAGUGGCGAAGAUGGUUUGGGCGGACUCAAACCUCUUGGGAUGCUCCAUGCGGCAAUGCAAUGGCCUUCGAUCUGACUGGCGCGAUCCGCAGUAUCUCAGCGUGUGUCAAUACAAGCCUGCGUAAGUGGCAUUCUCUCCACCUGCUUUGCCCAUCCUCCUCACCAAUCGAGGGCGACAGAUUGGUGGAGGGGAUGUUGGCUCACUUUUGUAGAGGUAACUACAAAGGCAGACAUCCGUAUGAGUAUGGCAAGAGUUGCAGCAAAUGUCCAGAAGGCUACAUGUGCUACCGCAAUCAGUGUGCCAAAGGCGUGAGAUGCAAACAGGUGUACCCGUUGAUGAGAAUACGGAAUGAGGCCAAUAGAAAGGUGCCGAAAUGUGACAUCUUUAUUUACUGA